AUGUUGAAAUCAGUGAAUGAUGCUUUGAACAGCAGCAAACCAUUCACAUCCGUUUCUGUGCUGAUCGAUCGAUUGUCAGCCAAUUCGUACGGCGAAGAUGAUUUAGACGGUAUUCCAGAAUUAGUCGAAGCAAUCAAUAUCCAAUACACAGGUCCAUCCGAAGCAAGUCGUCAACUUCGUAAAAAGCUAAAAUAUGGUAGCAUUCAUGGACAAAAACGUGCUAUCACAAUGUUAGGAGCCUUAUGUGAAAAUGCAGGUCCAAGAUUUCAAUCUUCUUUUGCCGAUGAAAGAUUGGUAGAACGUAUCAAAGUGAUGUCACAAGAUCCUCUGGUGGACGCAAGUGUACGAAAGAAAUUGAUGCGGAUGUUAUUGGUUUGGAAGCAAUUGUAUAGCAAAGAACCUACCAUGCGUAUCCCAGCCGGCUUGUACUCUGCUUGUGGUGGUGGUCGUAAGAGUGAUGCUCAAAUGAGAAGCGAAGCAGCAGAAGCCUACCGAAAGAGAAAGCAAUUGGAAGAUCGUGAUCGACAAGUACGCAUGGACAAAAAGGCGGCCGAAAGAAUGCAAAAGGAAGAAGAUGCUAGACGAGCAAAAGAAAGCAAAAAGAAAGGUGGGGCUAGACCUACAUUUAAUUUUGAAAAGGAGAAGCCAAUCAUUCUUUCCACCUUGGCAACAAGUCAACAAUCCGCUACCUCUUUGGUCAACGCAUUGCAACAUGUCAAUCGUGAAAAGGAGAGUAUCACAGAGAACCAAAGGGUACAACUCUACCUCUCACGCGUAAAGGGUGAGCGUAAAAAGGUUGUCAGGUACAUCCAAUUGGUCAAGGAUGAAGAAUUUUUGGGAGGUUUGAUCUCCGCUAACGAUCAGAUUUUGCUCUCUUUGGAGCUGUACGACAAAUUAGCAAAAUCUACUGAAAGAGACAGCGACGAAGAGGAUGGUGAACCGCUGGCAAAUAUCAGAGGUUCAAAGAGUGCAGCACAAAGAGCACAAGAACGUGCAGAGCAAGAAGAAGCUGAAAUUGCCAUUGUUCAGCAACGCUUGGCGGCUGCACAUAUCGAAGAAGGUGAAUUAGACGCUUUGCAGGACAAACAACGUCAACGAAUCGAACGAUACAACAGCUAUAGAGGACCUUCAAGAGGCGCAAGUAUGAGCAGCAGCAGCAAGGGAACUGGGCAUAUCAACGAUCUUAUGGAUCUCAACUUUGAUGAUGAUGGCGAAGGUAGACCACCACAUGCUGUCAUGCGUCCUACGUCAACAGCAGCCAGCAGUAGCGCGCAAGGUAGCAGUGCUCAUCAACAAAGCUCUACCUUGUCAGAUUAUAGCGAUUACGAAUCCGAAUCUGACGAAGAAGCUGCUGCGAUUGCAAGCACUGGAUUAGAAGGAAGAGCAGGCUCUAGUAGUCUGAAACCAAACGCUGCUGCUGCAUAUGACGAUGAUGAUCUGUACUCCAACCAUCAGCCAAGCAUUGGACCUGAGAGUAUACUCGAUUACGACCUCGAAGGCGCAGACGAUGAUGAUGACCCAUUUGCAGAUCCACAAGAAGCGCAACAUACCGGCGGAAGUGUCGGCUUUCAACGUCAUCAAGGUCCACGACAAGGCUUUGCAGCCGUAUAG